GGAGCGCCCCCGAGUGUCCCCCCCCGUCCGCACGCGCCGCCGGAACUUUGUGUCCGUCCGCCGGGAGCCGGCGCGGACCGACGGGGGCCGGGGACGGAGCGGUCGGCGGGCGCGCACGGAGGCGCGGAGCCCUCGGUCUGAGAAGAACAGGGCAGACGAGCGCUUGCAGACGCGGCUGCCUCCCCUCCCCAGGCAUCCGCUAUGGCCGCCACCGUGAGCCUGGAGCUCGACCCCAUCUUCCUGAAGGCGCUCGGCUUCCUGCACUCCAAGAGCAAGGACUCUGCAGAGAAGCUGAAGGCCCUGCUGGAUGAGUCUCUAGCUCGGGGGAGCAUCGAGUCCAGUUACCGCCCUUGCCCCAAGGAUGCGGAACCUCCCAGAGUCCCAAGCACAAAGGCGACUGCCGUCAAGCAGGAGCCCAAGGUGACCCCCAGCCUCCCCUCCAGCAGCAACAACGGCAAAGCCCUCUCCACGGAAAAGACGAAGAAGGAAGUGGAGAAGAGGCCUGCUGACAAAAUGAAGGCUGACAGUGUGGAAGGAGCGGAUAUCCCAAAGAAGCCGCGAUUGGAGAAACCAGAGACUCGGGCCUCACCCAUCACUGUGCAGACCAGCAAGGACCUAGCGAUGGCCGACCUCUCCAGCUUCGAGGAGACCAGCGCUGACGAUUUUGCCAUGGAGAUGGGCUUGGCCUGUGUUGUCUGCAGGCAGAUGACGGUGACGUCAGGGAACCAGCUGGUGGAGUGUCAGGAGUGCCACAACCUCUACCAUCAGGACUGCCACAGGCCCCAGGUGACGGACAAGGAGGUGAACGACCCCCGGCUGGUGUGGUACUGCGCCCGCUGCACCCGGCAGAUGAAGAGGAUGGCCCAGAAAACGCAGAAGCCACCCCAGAAACCGGCCCCCGCGGUCGUGUCCGUUGCCCCCACCGUCAAAGACCCGCUGGUGAAGAAGCCGGAGACGAAACUCAAACCAGAGACCACCUUCCUGGCAUUUAAGAGAACGGAAGUCAAGCCAUCUAACGUCAUUUCAGGAAAUUCGUCCAGUGCCAGCAUGUCCUCUUCGGUCACGAGCGGCCUGACUGGAUGGGCAGCCUUCGCCGCCAAGACCUCAUCGGGUGGGCCCUCCACAGCCAAGCUGAGCGCGGUGACCCCAAGCAGCGGCGGGAAGCCCGCGGCCUCGGCCGGCCAGAAGCCGGGGGCCCUGAGCGGCCUGGCCGGCUCCUCCAAGGGCGGCCUGGGCUCCAAGCUGGGGCCGGGCGGCAGCGCCGCAUCCGCCGUUCCACUGAAGCCCCUGCCGCCCCUGACCUUGGGCAAGACGGGCCUGAGCCGCUCGGUCAGCUGCGACAACGUCAGCAAGGUCGGGCUCCCCAGCCCCAGCAGCCUGGUCCCGGGAGGCGGCAGCCAGCUGAGCGGGGGCAGCGCCGGAGCGACCUCGGGACCCGGCGGUGGCGGUGGAGGCUCCAGCAAAGCGGCCUCGGAGCCGGGCAGCACCCCCACCGCCUCCCUCAAGGGGCCGACCUCCCAGGAGUCUCAGCUCAAUGCCAUGAAGCGACUGCAGAUGGUUAAGAAGAAGGCUGCCCAGAAGAAGCUCAAGAAGUGACAUGGCCGGGCAGGCCUCCGGCGCAGAGAGCACCUGCCCUCCCGGCCCGGCCCCUCCGCACGCGCACCCCCAGGCCCCAAAGGCCUCACCCCUUUCCCCACCCGUCCAGAGAGGACAGACACUGAGUGAGAGUCUCUGACCCCUGAGCCUCACCACCAGCCCUAUCAACUGUGGCCCCCAACCCUAAACCUUGUGCCCUCGCCCCUAGCCCCUCUCCUCUUCCUCCUCUCCAGCUAGCCUCUCCCCUUACCGGGCUAGUCAUUACUCAGCUCAGCUCAGCAA